AUGCUCGACCCUCAAGGUUAUACUGAUGGAGUACUUCAUGUCUGUACAUUAUGUGAGUUGUCUCUUUGUAGUAAUCAUCUUCCCAUGUUUUCGUGGCACAAUGGUCUAUAUCGAGGUCGUUUGCCGGAUCGUUUUAGGGACUUGACUUGGAUCGAAGAAAUGGCUUGUGCAAUCUAUCGUUGUACAUGUCAUGUAACUCAUUUGUACUAUUCACCCAAUAAAGAUCAGCCGAGAAUAUUUAAAGGAAAUAUGUGCGCUCAUGAUUUAAAUUAUGUUUCUACAGCAUCUGAGCUUCCUCGACCUCCUGCUGAUAUAAAGGGGAUGCUGAGUAUAGUCUUCGUGGGUCCCAAUCAGUCCGUUAAAUCAUGUCUCAAAAAAUUUAAUUACAUAUGGAAGGAUAAAGUAUGGGAUCUUCUUUGCUGGCUUGCAGAUAACAAUCCUAUGUAUGCGAAAAUUCAGCUAUCCAAGGAACAGCUUGCACUGUAUGUGAACGAUGAGAUACCAGGAUUGGAAGCGAGGGUU